UCGUGAGCCUGGAGGGCCGGACGCUGCACCUCACCACCCUGCUCCAGGAGGCCGACCAGCGGGUGUCAGAGCUGCAGACCCAGCAGGGGGGCGAGGGGGAGAGGGAGGGCUCGGAGCGCGAGCGCCAGCUCAAGGCCUGGGGCUGGCGGCAGCGGCUCUUCACACGCAUGCGUACGGGCUUCCAGCACGCCAGUCCUCCGGACCAGCCUGUGGGCGUGUCUCUCUCGGUGACCAGCAGCAGCAGCCUCCGGGUGGACUUCCAGGAGCCCUCCAGUGUCAACGCCGCCGUGGUAACCAAGUACAAAGUGGGUUGGAGCAUGUCUCCAUGCAUGAGUCCGUUGCUAGGGGAGACGCUGGUGGAGGACACCACCCAACUAAGCUGUGACAUCACCAGCCUCAAAGCUGGCUCCUACUACUACAUCCAGGUCUGGGCCUACAACAUGAAAGGAUGGGGCCCCCCAUGCACCUCCACACCCACGUGUGCUGCCCCUUCCAGCUGGCGGGAGAUGGACGGCCGCGCCCCGAGACAUCAGGGCCACCAGGAGGCGCUGGACCGGCUGCUGUUCCUGACCAAGGAGGCCCACCGCCACUGCUCCUGCCACGAACAGUGCAAAGCACCGCCACACGGCAGGAAGCACUCCGUCUCCAAGAGUCUGCGGCACCUCUUCCAGCCCACCACCAAGUUCGUCCGGAACCUCAAGAGGGGACUCUACCUGACAACUAUCUUCUACCGGGACGACAAUGUGUUGGUUACCCCCGACGACCAGAUCCCCGUGGUAGAGGUGGAGGAUGCCUUCUCCUCCUCCCUCAUGCAGGACUUCCUGUGGUUCACCAAGGUUUCCUAUCUCUGGGAGGACAUCCUGUGGCUCCAGCAGUGCCUCAGUCCGUCUCAGACGUCCUGCACCCUACAGACCAGGGUGAAGAUGCUACAGGCCGUGUCUCUUCUACAGGGCAUGCUGGGAGUGCAGGACCUGGGCCAGGCAUACUUCGAGCCCAUCAAAGACAAGCAGGGCAACGCGCUGCUGGUGCUUCUGCGGGACAUGAGCGCCGCCCCCGCCCUGGACGGCGUGCACUGGACCCCGCUCUGCAAGCUGCAGCUGCAGCGCAAGUCCAUCUCCUCCCCCGAGGAGCCCACCGCCCUGGACACCCUGCUCAUCACGCUGCACGAGAAGCUGGCGUACCACCGGCGCAGCAGGAAGCAGCUGUCUCCAGGGCUGUACCUGGGCUACCUGAAACUCUGCACCUCCAUGGACCAGAUCAGAGCUCUGGUGCCCCAGAAGCUCCCCAACGUGCUCUGUCACAGCAAGAUCAGAGACAACGCCAAUGUGUCCAGAGAGGAGUGGCAGUGGCUGCGGGCCCUCACCUCCCUGGAGGAGUCUCUGGAGAUGGACGCCGACUCUCAGAGCGCUCCUCACCGCCUCCUGCAGGAGCUCCGCAGCGCUGCCAAGGACCUGCUGGCACACAUCAACAUGCCCGGCAACCAGGCUCAGGACUUCCGGCUCUACACGGAGGAGGUGGUGGAGCUGGGGGUGGAGGUGUCCCUCAUCCUGCUGCUGCCCCCGUCCGACCAGGUGUGCACGGCCCCGGGCCAGAACAACCCCUUCUCCCCCCGUUCCGGCUUCCUCACCCUGCCCCUGCAGAUCUUUGAGCUGGUCCACUUCGGUGCGUACUGUCCGGCCUUCAUCGGUCAGUACUGCAGGGUGUCUGCUCUGCUGGAGCUCGAGUCCCUCAUGUCCCAGCAGGCCUUGCGGGAGGCCUUCUCCGAGAGCGAGCUCCAUGCGGCCAAGCAGAAGCACCAGCAGGUGCAGGAACACGUACAGCACAUGGAGGAGAUUUGGCGUGAGGCCAGGUGGAUCAUGGACGCGCUGCAGUUUGCCCGCUACAAGCAGUCGACCGGGGGCGUCUCGCUGGCCUGGGUCAUCGACUUCAACAACGACGGGGUCCCAGAUAAACCCGUCUCAACCUCCUCCCAACUGGACUACAUGCCCUCCCCGGCCCCCUCGCCAGAACCCUGCCGCAAGCACCCAGACUUCCACGGCCUUUCUGAUGAAGAGGGCUCGUCUGAGGUCUUCCUCACCACCGACAGCGACUACGACUCCAGCCGAGCCCAAAGCCCCCGCGAGCUGGACCUGCUGCCCGCCUCGCCCCUCUCCGCGGCCCCGCCCGAGCCCCGGGGGUACCUCCGCAGUGACGGCAGCAGCUCCGGUGGAGGAGGAGACGCCCUGCGGAUCUCCACCCCUGACGUGCUGCAGGGCUCGGAGUCGGGGCAGUGCGGCGGCGGCGGCGGUGGCGGCGGAGGCGGGGGCUGCGGCGUGGGCGGUCGCGAGGGCCGGCGGCGGGGCUGCGGCCCCGAGCUGUUUGACAGCGACUUCAUCCUGCCCAGCCGCCAGAUCGAGCUGCUGCGCAUCACCGAGAAGCGUCAGGCAUACUGUGUGCGCACCAGCAGCCUGGAGUUCCCCUCGGCCGCCCCCCCCCCGAACGCUCAACCCCACCCCCCCGCCUUAUCCCCCGCCCGCUCCCCGCCGCACCGGCGCUGGGCCCGGCCCUCCUCGGUGGACCGAUGCCACGGGACCGAUCGCUCGCCGCGACAGCCCCCGGCCCGGACCCUAUCGGAGGACAGCGGCACGGAGAGGCUUUCGGCGCUGUCCCCGGGGGACCACCGGAGGGGCUGGCCCGCCACACUCCGCGUCUACCCUCAGUACCCCAGCGGCCUCCCCAAGGACACAAGCGUAAAGCUCCGCGUGACCCCGUGUACCUCGGCGCGGGAGAUAGUUCAGCUGGUCGUCCAGGAGAUGAAGGCGGCCUCGCGUCGCAUGCUGGCCGGCGGCAGCUGCGGCGGGGGCAGCGUGGACCCGAACCAGGGGGGAGGCUCUGCUCCAGAGCAGCUCCAGCUCUUUGGGCUGGUCCUGGCGGUGGAGGGCAGGGAGAAAUGGCUCCAGGACGACUUCUGUCCGCUGGAACUGCAGAACCCCUGGCAGAGGGGCAAGUUGUGCGUUCGCGUCAAGGAGUACUCCCCACUGGCCCCCAAACACAGCCGGGCCACUACCGUUUGA